AUGAAUUUCGUCCGACACCAAGAUCCUAAGAGUGCUAAAGACAUCCACGACAAGAACAAGUCCAACGGCCUGGAAGAUGGUAUGAUUGUCACUGACGAUAUCACCAAAACCGCCGCCACCGUUCCUGAUGGGCGUGCUGGUGGUGAUUCCACCGAGAAAAUCACUUAUAAAGGAUGGGUGGCGGUAGAUGAUAAAGCGCUGGAGGGGAAGGGUAAUUUGGUAUAUAAAGAGUAUGAGGUGAAACCAUGGGAUGAAGACGAUGUGGAAACAGAUGAACAUCAAACUAAUUUGAUUGAUCUGGUCGUCCAGUUUAGGUGCUCUAUUGUGGUCUUUGCGGAACCGACGUCAUGGCACUCGCCGGUGAUGAGGGACCACUUCAACCUGAUGCUGGAGUGUCAUGAAUGUAAGACUGAGAACGAACAAGCCUGUUUAAAAUUGACUGUAACAUUCAACUCAACUUACCAUCGAGGCAAAGCCACCAACGUACCUUCCAAAGGUGGAUUUGCCAAAUACUGGCGAGGUCCAAGUAAAUUUGUUAUCCCCAUUCCCUCCGGAUUAGAUCUAGAUAUAGCUGGACCUUUGAUGUGUGGAGGAGUUACCAUUUAUUCUCCAUUGGAAAGAUACAAUAUUGGUCCUGGAAAGAAAGUCGGUAUAGUCGGUGUAGGAGGAUUGGGUCAUAUGGGAAUCCAAUUUGCCAAAGCUAUGGGUGCGGAGGUUACAGCGAUUUCUAGAACGGAAUCGAAGAAAGAAGAUGCCAUCAAGUUGGGUGCGGAAAAGUAUAUCGCUACUGGAGAUGAUCUGAAAAAGGCCUUCGGGGAAUACACUCGAUACUUUGAUUUGGUCAUUUGA